CCCCUCCCCCUCCUCCACCGGUCAGAACCACAGCAACCGCUAAACCACAACCACAAACCACGACGAUACACCAGAAUCUCGUCUCGAGCUUCAAAAUUGGCUUCUUUGGGCCUCUUUUUUCUUGCCGCUUUUCCCUCCGUCUUUCAAACCCGAACCCCCACCCCCCCUUCACCCCCUCCUCGGUUGUGCAACGCGCAAAACUCUCGAAUCCUUUUUUUUCCCAUGACCUCUACCGUCACAACCACCACUACACCACACCAGACUUGACCAGCACUUUUGCAACAGUGAUCCCGCACUUUACCUGGCGGCUCAGCUUGCUGCUCCUCGCGAACACCGCGAACACCGUCGAUUCCUGGCCGUCUAUGAACCAAGUCGACCUUCUCCGCUUCCUCUCCAAACCCGCAAAGCCCAGAUAACACCUGCUUAAACGCCAGGCAAAACAAAUCCCACUUCGAUAUACACAACCGACGAGUCUACAGCGCUCUUCUCCGCCCUCCCUCCUCGAACUCUCGAUCGCGCAGAUAACCUCGUCUGCUAGGUCCGAUACUCCACCACAGGUAUCGGUGUCUGCCAGAGCGAGGCCCACCAGUAGAGACACAAUUCCGGUCCUUAGGGUCAUCUUCAUCCCCCUUCAAGCCCGGCCUCCCUAACGUCCUUUCGAGAGACGUUAAGACACCCUCCGAAUCCUGUUUGCUGCUGGCUCCGCCAGCCUCCACGAACGUCCACCCUCCUGUGGGCCUACUCUCUCAAACGGACGCCGCAAAGUUCGUUUGAGCGGUAGCUAGUGUCCCGCGGACUUCUAGCCCGGAUACCGACCCGACCCUUUUCGUCCGACCAACCCCCAUACUCUCGUGAGUUUCCCGGGUCGCGCCCUGUAAGCCAGUCCAGCAGAAGAUGGUCAACCCCUCGGUCCCCAACGACUACGCCCUCUCCCCGGCUGAGGCGACUCCUCAUCUGACCAUCAAUCACGAUGUGGCCGCCGACCUAGACUCGAGCAACGCCUUUGAAGGCCCCGAGAAGCUCCUCGAAGUCUGGUUCGCCCCCGGCCCGGAGUCGCUCCCUGCGAGCGCCCAGCCCAAUGGACUGAAGGCCGUCUCCGCCGACACCUGGGUCACCAUGCUCGACAUGGUCAACUGCAAGAUCCUCUCCGUCCUCGAGUCCGAGUCCGUCGACGCUUACCUGCUGUCCGAGUCCAGCUUGUUCGUCUUCCCCCACAAGCUGAUCCUUAAGACGUGUGGUACCACCACGCUGCUGCUGGGUCUGCAGCGCCUGCUCCACAUCGCCGCCGAGCACGCCGGUUUCCCGUUCCACAAGGCUGAGAACGCGACCGAUGUCAAGGCUGCCGCGACCCCCUACCGUGUCUUCUACAGCCGCAAGAACUUUUUGUUCCCCGAUCGUCAGCAGGGUCCUCACCGCAGCUGGAGGUCUGAGGUCAAAUAUCUGGACGACCUCUUUGAGGGCGGCAGCGCCUACAUGGUUGGCAAGAUGAACGGCGACCACUGGUACCUGUACAUAACCUCGCCCAACCAGACGUUGACCCCCCCUCGGACUCCGGACGAGAAGGAGGCGGCUCUUGGGGAGUCCCCCUCCAAGAUUCCCACUGGCAGCGUCGCCAGCUUUGGUAGUGGCAUCGAGGAGCGCAGUGACGAGACUCUCGAGAUUCUCAUGACCGAUCUCGACCCCGAGAAUGCGAAGCAGUUCUAUUUGUCGCACGCGAGUGCGGUCGCCACCGACAAGUCGCAUCUUUCGCAGACCCAGGCCGCUCGAGAUGACGCCCACCAGAGCUUGGGUGACCUGUCUCGGGUCCCCGACAAGGCGGGCGAUGAGCAUGUCGACGUCUUUGAGAACACGUGCGAGUCGGACCUCAACGACGGCGAGCGUGCCACGACCGAGGCCUUGACGACCGAGGGCCACGCCAUCGGUACCGUCGUCUCCGAGGGCUGCGGCCUGUCCAGUGUCUAUCCCACCAGCAAGUAUCCCGGUGCUCGCGUCGAUGCGUACCUCUUCAGCCCCUGCGGCUUCUCCGCCAACGGCGUCGUUCCCGCCGUGACGGUCGAGGAGGAUGCCUCCAAGAGCGAGAAGGGCGGGAACGCCGCUCACUACUUCACGGUCCACGUUACCCCUGAGCCCAACUGCUCCUUCGCCUCCUUCGAGACCAACGUCCCUGGAGGCCAAAGCGGCCGCACCACGGCCGAGAUCAUUGAGCACGUUGUCGAUAUCUUCAAGCCCGGCCGCUUCAGCGUCACACUCUUCGAGGCCAAGGGCAAGAGCGCCAACCCCUACGGAAUGGGCGACCAUGCUUCCCGCACGACCGCCGCCCAGCGCCUCGUUGAUCCUGUUCGUGGAUACCGUCGCAUUGACCGGAUCGUUCACGACUUUGAUGACUACGACCUCGUGUUCCGUUUCUACCAAAAGGAGGACUGGGCGGGCGAUCGUGAAGCCCGCCUCGGAGAGCUGAUGUGAACCGACCUCGAAUUCGGGGAGUAAAACGACAUCCAUCAUCUUCUAACAGGUUUUCCUUCCGAUUUAUGUGAGCACCGUUGGCUUGGGUCCAAUGGUUCCCUGCCAAAUUGCGCCAUCGUGGAUGCCACGAAUGGAUUCCGUCACCGAGCGAGGCUCUUCUCUCGUUCAUCGACAAUGUCUGCUUUCAGCAAGUGGCACAUUUCCCUUUGGAUAAGGCUAUCCCGUCAAUAUACAUUGAUUUUGAG